AAGGAUUCAAUAAUUGCGGCACGAGCGGUACUACCCGCAUCGAACGUUACUUCUCAAAUUCCCAAAGUUCUGACUCCUAAGACCAAUCCACCACGUUACAUCUUUAGACGUCAAGAGUCGAGGCCAAAAGAUCUUCCCAAAAUGAGCAGUGAUCAAAGAGACGAAAAGUCCGCGACCGCAGCAUUGGACGUGAAGGAGACACCAGGGACACCUCAUUUUGAAGAUUCUGAGAAAACACUCCUCAACGAAGAGGAUGAGUCCCACGCCGAUGAACCUAUAAAAGAGAAUGACGAUCCUUCGGGUCUCGAAAAGAGCAUGCACUCAACACAGGAGGGCUCUCAGACCCCUGUCAACGGCGUAGAAAACACGGAGCAUGAUGCAGCUUCUGAGAAUGCUAGCUAUGCCUCUGUCCUCAAGUAUGGUCUAAAUGACGAGGCUGCCAAAACCAGACUCCGUUAUUUACACGACGACGAUGAAUCGUAUCCCGAACUAGACGACUUAUCCGUAGACGAGAUUCAUCCGCCCCCAAAGUCAAACUCCGAUGGUGGAAUCCGGUGGGCUCCAUGGAACGUGCCCCUCAAACGCAGACUACAGACGCUUGUCUUGCUUAUGCACUGCAUGUGUAUAGUCCUGACUGUUUCCGUUUUCUUCGCGCUUUGUGCCAACCCUUUUGCUUGGCCUUUGCUACUUAUAUAUCUCCUUCACGUGCUGAGCUCCAAAGCUCAUUCCGAUGGGUCGCUCAGGUACCGGUCUGAAUGGUUUCGCAGAAGUUACAUCUGGCAUCUCUUUGCGGGAUACUUUCCUGCCAAGCUUCACAAGACUCAUGAUUUGCCACCUACCCGCAAAUACAUUUUUGGUUAUCACCCUCACGGUAUCAUCUCCCACGGUGCGUGGGCCGCUUUUGCGACCGAUGCCCUGGGCUUCUCUGAGAAGUUCCCCGGCAUCACAAACAGUUUACUGACCCUAGACUCGAACUUCCGUAUUCCACUAUACCGCGAAUAUGUCCUUGCCGCGGGAGUGCGGUCGGUCUCAAAAGAGUCCAUCGUGAACAUCCUAACCAAAGGCGGCCCCAACGGAGAAGGCAUGGGCCGUGGCGUCACGAUCGUCAUUGGAGGCGCUCGAGAGUCGUUAGAAGCGCAGCCUGGGCAAAUGCGUUUGAUCCUGAAGGAGCGCAAGGGCUUUGUUAAGAUUGCAGUUAGGACAGGCGCAGACUUGGUCCCUGUUCUAGCAUUUGGCGAGAAUAACCUCUACGAUCAGCUCCAUCCCAAGGAGCAUCCGUUUGUACACAAGAUCCAGAUGUUUGUCCUCAAAGUGUGGAAAUUCACUCUCCCGUUUCUUCACGGGCGUGGAAUCUUCAACUAUGACGUUGGGCUGAUGCCAUAUCGAAGGCCCCUGAACGUAGUAAUUGGGGCCCCGAUCAAGGUGACGCAAGCUAAUGUUGUGGAUCAAGAUGAGAUCAAUAGGCUGCACGAUUUAUACGUGGCCGAGCUGCAGAAGUUGUGGGAUCGAUACAAGGACGACUUCAUGCCGGACAGAAUAGAGGAGAUGCAGAUAUUGUCGUAAGCUUACGACAGUAUUGCCUUGUAUACCUAGCCAUAGCGGGACUAUCGACUAUGGAAUAGAGGAUUCGUGUACUGUGUUAGUAUAUAAUUAGAUGUAUAGAUUUAUAAGCGCCUUCUUUUGUGUAUUGAGAAAGGUGUCAUAAAGAUAAAUGCUGAAUACUAAGGUAGGUACCUAGGAAUAUGGGCCAGAUUGUAAAAAGGGAUCGAGACCACAUCCCGAAUAGAUCCACCAACAACCAACCAAAUCACAGUUAUAGCACACCAUGAGAAGCGUCUUCAUGGUUGCUUGAGUACCUCAACUGCUCUCUGGGUACCUAAGAAACUUAGAACCGUUGAAUUUAUCGUCAUCGGCUAGUCAAAUUCACGGCUACGGCUGUAAGGCUGACUUCUUUCUGCCCGAGUAGGUACUAAGUAGAUGUAGGUAG